AUGGCCGCCGACAAAAGGGUAAGGAGUGGGUAUAUGGUCUUCAUCGUGACUGAGGUUAUUCCGAAGGGUCAGAACAUGGCCCGAAAAGGAAACGGCAUAUGGAGCCGGCUGCCACUUGGGCUCGAUCCGCCAGUGGAGAUCUUGGCGUGA